AAACAAUAUCACUGACAAAAACGCGCGACAUCAGCCGUAGUGGCCGCACUCGCGGGUUUAUUAUAAUUACGAGAACCAACUAAUAUUUUUUUAAAUAUUUUGCUACUAUAUUAAUACAGUAGUAGUGUAAAUAUUGUGCAGAUAUUUUACAUAACGAUUUAAUUUAAGUCGAACUGAAGUUUGGAGUGAUUUUGAAGUUUUAACAAUGGGUGAACUUGGAAGGAAACUUGGACUGGACGAGCUGUCUGGAGGAACCUCGGGCAUCAUCAAAGCAAUUUUAGCCGAGUUUAUUGGUAACUUGCUACUCAACUUGUUCGGUUGCGGUGCGUGCGUGAACAUAGCGCAAGGUUCAGGCGCAGCGCCUGAUAUUGUGCUCAUUGCACUCGCGUUUGGAUUAUCUGUGUUUGCUAUUGUUUCUGCAAUCGGCCACGUAUCAGGGGGUCAUGUUAACCCAGCUGUGACAGCGGGACUCGCGUCUGCCGGUCGUGUAAAGCCCGUGCGCGCGGUACUGUACGUGAUCGCGCAGUGCGCGGGCGCGGCAGCCGGCUCCGGCCUGCUGAAGGCUUUCACGCCGGACCGGGCGGCGGGCUCACUCGGCGUCACAGGACUGGGCACUGAGGUUACGGCGUUACAAGGAUUCGGGAUUGAAUUCUUCCUCGGAUUCGUGCUCGUCUUCGUCGUGUGUGGCGUAUGUGAUCCCAACAAACCGGACAGCAAAGCGACUGCGCCUCUGGCGAUAGGGCUAACAGUCACCCUUGGACAUCUGCUGGCUGUGGACUACACAGGCUCCGCUAUGAACCCCGCCCGCUCCUUCGGAUCCGCUAUCGUCGCCAAUGUUUGGAAUGACCACUGGGUGUACUGGGCGGGCCCGGUGGCCGGCGGUGUGGCAGCGGCACUACUCUACGUGCACGGCUUCUCCGCCCCACCCCCCGACAACAUCACCCCACCCCGCUACAGACCCGUCGCCGGAGACGAAAAAGAGCUGAAGAGGUUGGACGGUAAAGGCGAGGACAUGGCCUGAGAGCGAGCGAGACUAGCGACACUAGCGCCGCCCGCGCCCGGCGGGAUCUCCGUGCCCAGCGACGUGCGCCCGCGCGUGCCUCCACUGACAACUCGCAACAGACUAUAUUAAAACAUUUAUAAUCUGCACGGUCCAAGCGACGAAAACAAUUACAUCUGCAUUUAGAUCAUAUAUUUUU